AUUCAUUAAAUUUAGCUUCGUUUCCUUCCAAGGGAUUUUGAAGUUGGAAGUUGAAGACGAGCAGUAGUAAGUAUGAAGAGGGGAGAGAUAUGCAGCUUUCUGGUGGUGGUGAUGCUGGUGCUGAGUUUUGUGGCUAAAAUAUCAUCCCUUUCGGUCUCUGUGAUUGAAGAUGAGUGCGUCUAUGAAUACGUUCUCUACGAGGGAGAUUCCGUCUCCGGAAACUUCGUAGUUGUCGAUCACGAUGUCUUUUGGGGUUCUGAUCAUCCUGGUAUUGAUUUCACUGUUACAUCUCCAGCUGGUAAUGUUGUCCAUACAUUAAAGGGGACAUCUGGGGAUAAGUUUGAGUUCAAGGCUCCAAGAAAUGGAAUGUACAAAUUUUGUUUCCAUAAUUCAUAUUCCACUCCAGAGACUGUCUCCUUUUACAUACACGUUGGCCACAUAACCAACCAACAUGACCUAGCUAAAGACGAGCAUUUGGACCCUAUCAAUGUCAAAAUUGCUGAGCUAAGGGAAGCUUUAGAAUCUGUUAGAGCUGAGCAGAAGUAUCUAUCUGCCCGCGACACUCGACAUCGUCACACGAAUGAAAGCACCAGGAAACGCGUUCUAACCUAUACCAUCGGUGAAUACAUUAUGUUAGCCGCUGCAAGUGCACUACAGGGAAUCUACAUAAAGCACCUAUUCAGUAAUUCCGUAGCUUACAACAGGGUUUGAUUCGUUUUACUCCAAUAUUAUUUCCUCGAAGAUCUUUUUUUUUUUUUUUAAUUUGUCAAGGAUCAUAGUUGUCUAACUGAUGUUCAUGAUAACACAAUGUUCCGUCGAUUAUACUAAUUUGUAGUUGUUUGGAAUCAGUGUUUAUUCAUUGCCAAGAUGAUAGAUAUAUCAUUUCUUCAUUA